AAAAACUUGAUUUAUGAGGUCAUCAACACGUGAAAAAUUUAAGAAAAAAGGAAAAGGAAAAAAGAAAAGAAAAAUAGGAAGAAAACCUAAGCCCUCUUCUUUCUCAUUUCCCCCUCUCCCUUAAGUCUCAGCCGCCUGAGAGGCGUUUCCGGCAUUCAUACAAGCGGCGGCGACCCGGAACAGUGGACCUCGCGAAGGCGGAUAUUCACCAUAGAUCCUCGCCUUAUCUUCACCGAGCGGCGGUCCUCUUCGGCAGCCACCGAACAGACCGGCGGCGCGUGUCUCUCCCCUCUUCGAGAUGCGUUAGCCACAUAUUUUUUCUUCGAAACGCUUCAGUCUCUUGAUUCACACUUCUAUUGAUCUCAUAUUUCAGCACCUACUGGCUACUGCCCAAUACUCAGUAAGUCGAUCCAUUUGCAUGUUGGAACCUCACUGGGUGUAGUUUCGUACUGAUUUAUUGGGAUUACAUUGAGUGAACGGUGAAGACUCUUGUUGAGUAAUCGUUCAGAUUCUUUUUUUUUUCUUUUUUGGUAAGUUUGAACCUUCAAGGAUUUAAUCUCAAGCUUUGAUGGUCUGAUGCAAUCAUUAUAGUUGGUGGUAAAUAGCCAACUCUCAGAAUUCCUUAGUGCUUAGUUAGAUAGUCGGAGGAAUGUUUGAUUUAGCCUUAAAUCUUAAAUUUAUAUUGCCAGUAUGGUUACUUUCGUAGUAAGUUUCCAGGUUGAUUCUCACUAAAAAGUGUGUAACUUCAAGUGGAUUCAGUCUGGAUUACUGUAAAUCCCUUUUCCAGCGAAGCAAUCCAACAAUGAAGCAACUAUGGAUGUUCUCUGUUCCUCGUAGGCUCUUAGUCAGUCGGAAUAUUUUUGCUUCGUUUGCUUUCUCUCUCACGAACACGAAUUAUUGCUUUUUACCUCAUGGCCUCCAUACUCAAUCUCGCUCCUCCUCCUCGCCUCCGCCCUCAAUCUCUUCGUUUUCGUUGGUUGCUAACCUUAUUGAGUUAUUUUCCAACAAGCCUGAUGACCAUGAGAUCUUGGCGAUAUGUAUUAUGGAAAGGAAGGUCUUGGAGGUGAGUCAUGAACUGAUUCUGAACUCAGAGGAUUCUAAUAAGAUAGUGAAAAUAUUGGAAGACAGUAAAGACUUGCUCUUAUGGAAACAUACCGACGGUUCUGCUUUUGUCGAGUUGCUGAAGCAGUUGGGUUCACAGCCUAACUUAGCAUUGGAGGUGUUUAAUUGGAGAAGAAGGCAAGGAGGUUCCUUUCCUUUAACUGUAGAGGAAUAUGCUAAGGGUAUUGCAGUUGCAGGUAAAUCUAAACACAUUGACCUUGCAGUUGGGUUGUUCAACGAGGCUUCUAAUAAAAGGGUCAAGGCAACCUCUACUUAUAAUGCAUUGAUGGGAGUUUUCAUGUUUAAUGGCUUGGCUGACAAAUGCAACUCAGUGUUUCGGGAUCUUAAGAGGGAUGCAGGUUGUGUUCCUAAUAUUGUAACAUAUAACAUUUUAAUAUCGGUAUUUGGUCGUUUGAUGUUAGUUGAUCACAUGGAGGCUACCAUGAGGGAAAUACAUAAUUUGAAUCUCUCACCGAAUGUGAACACGUACAAUAGUCUAAUAGCUGGGUAUAUUACUGCAUGGAUGUGGAAAAGAAUGGAGCAAGCCUUUAUGAAGAUGAAGGCGAGUUCAAUAACGCCCAACACUGAGACUUUUUUGUUAAUGCUUCGUGGAUAUGCACAUUCAGAUAACCUUGAAAAGAUGGAAGAGAUGCAUCACUUCUUAAAAGAUCAUGUCAAUAAAAAUAAUUUCCCUCUUAUUAGAGCUAUGAUAUAUGCAUACAGUAGGAGUUCUAUAACAGAUAAAGUGCAUAAGAUUGACGCUUUGUUGAAGCUUAUUCCAGAAGAAGAAUAUAGACCAUGGUUGAAUGUCAAAUUGAUAAGAGUCUACGCUCAAGCAGAUUGCUUAGAGAGAAUGGAAAAUUCAAUAAAUGAAGCAUUUGAGCAUGGUACUUCAGUCUAUACCGUCCAUGUGAUGCGCUCCAUUAUUGCCAGCUAUUUUCGGUGUAAUGCAGUGGACAAGCUGAUAAACUUCAUUAGUCGUGCUGAAUCUUCAGGGUGGAGAAUCUGUCGGUCUUUAUAUCAUUGUAAAAUGGUUAUGUUUGCAUCACAAAAUCGUUUGGAAGAAAUGGAGUGUGUUCUUGAUGAAAUGAAAAAUUUCAACCUGGAUUGGAGCAAAAAAACGUUUUAUAUUUUAUAUAAGGCCUACUCAACAAGUGGUUGCAGGUACAAGGCUAACCAAGUGGUAUGUCGUAUGUGCAAGCUUGGGUAUGGGGUUCCCGUGGGCUGGGAUUCAUCUCCAUCUUGAUGUUCUCUUCCACUUGAAUGAUUGAAGGAAUGGAAAUUCCACAAUUGACUUAACCAAUUGAUCUUAUUGGUUUUUCUCAUGAAUAAGUGCGGAGCUGAGAUUUCUGAGAUAUUGUAGAAAUCAAAGCAGAGAUUUUAAAGAAUAUUUCAAGAAAAUUUAGUCAAUUGGACAAGAUCAAUGGAAGAAAUCAAGUAAAGGGUGGAGAAAAUCAAGGUUAAGACCCGAGGAGCAGUGUCGUGAUGCUGCACAAGUCAUACCACCUGUGAGUGUACCAUUGAGAGCAUCUCAACAUUACGCAUAUCAUGUAAACCACGGAUGUUGCACGUGCACUUUUUCGGAGUGUCUCAAAUAACUUGUGAGUUUUUAUAAGGGUUUGUUUGCAUAAAUGUCAAAAAAGCCUAAAAUAGUAGUAUAUAUAGCACAAUGUUAAAAUAAUUGGAUAUACACCAAAAAUAGUAAAAAAGACUAAAACAUUCAUGUUCAACCACCA